ACAGCUUCUCUUGUUCCCCAGAGUCAAGAAGCCCAUGAGACGAGAAACGGAGACAGAUAACAUAACCCGAGUCAGGUCCGAACCCGGACCCGAUUCUCUCUAUUCAUGCGUCACACUCCUUACGCGCCGCGCCUUCAGCGCCUGUCACGAGAUGGCUACUCGGGUCCCAAGAUCCGACCCGAACAUCGCACUCCAACUCGACCAAAUCCUCGCCAUAGCUGACGUCCUCUCCGCCGCCGAACACCGCCACGGCAUCGGCCACCAUCGCGACUGGUACUCCAUCCUCCAGCUCCGCCCGGACGACGCUGCCGCGAACCGCGACCUCGCUCGUCAACGGUUCAAGACGCUGGUGCGCCUCCUCGACCCGAACAAGAACAAGUUCCCCCUCGCCGACGACGCGCUCAUGCGCGUGCGCGAGGCGUGGUUUGUUCUCUCUGACUCGGCCCGAAAGGACCGGUUCGACCGCGAGAUCCGUGAGGCCGCGACGUCGUUUUGGACAAUGUGCCCUUACUGCUGGUACCUGCACCAGUACGAGAGGAAAUACGAGGAUUGCACUCUGAGGUGCGCGAAUUGCCGGAGGACGUUUCACGGCGAGGCGGUGAGGCCGCCGCCGCCGGAGACGGUGGUGGAGGGGAAGGAGCAGUACUAUUGCUACCACGUGAGUUUUCCCCUUAGGUACCCUGUCGAUGAAGAACGACUUCGUUUCGGUAGCGAUUAUGAGGAUAAGGGGAAUGGAGUGAACGACAAUGCGCUGAGCGGUGGGAGAAAGAGGUUGAGGAUUAAAACGGUGGCUAAUAGGGUGAGAAUGAAAGGGUAUGUUGAUGGCAAUAGUGACUCGGAUUUGGAUGCAGAUGAAAAGGAUGGAAAUGAUUUUGGAACUUAGAGAAGUCAGAAUUUUGCCACUUCUGUGUAGUCGCAGAUGUAGCGAAAAUGGAAAACCUAAAAUGGACACUUGUUAGUGUACCUGUUGAUUAUGUGCUCCUUUUUUGGUUUGCAAGUGAGGCAUGCAUUGCUUGUAUUUUGCAGUUUUUGCAAUGCCGCUUCUGUUAAUUGUAAUCUGUACAUACUCUGAAUGUGUUAGUUUUAAAGGGAUGACAAGGUGAAUAGCAUUUAUGAACUGGGCUUCUGAUCUUCAAGAAAAUUUAGUUCUUUUCCUCAGUUUGUUCGGAAAAUGUUAAUUUUUUAACUGAAUAAUGGCCAAACAAAUGUAUUAUGUUAAUUACUUGAUAAUUGCUAGGAAUCACAGAAACACAGAAUUAUGGUUAAUUUGUUUCACGUGAUGAACGAAUAAAAAUUAUGGCAAACUUGAUUACAUCUUGUUUGAACAUAACAGGCAAACAAAUUGAGGAAAACGAUUUCUUUUAUUUUUAUGAUAUAUUUUGGCAUUUCAGUUGUACAAAAUUUGGCCCUCGCCAUCAUUUUAUGCCUCACUCUCCGGAGGCUUUGAUAUAUUUGGAU